CUUUACUGUUUUUAGUUCAGCCCUCGUUGUCUCAACUUCUUUCAAAACUUUCCUAAUUCGCUCAUUUUUCUCUGAUAUAAUUCGUUCCCGUCUUUUCGCCUCUUUUCCUGUUUUAUCUAACUCACAUGACAAUCUAUUGAUUUUUUGCUGCGCCUCCCACAGCCAAAGCUGAAUUUCUGAAUUUUCUCUUCAAUCUCUUGGGAGCCUUUGCGUUUCGUCUUUAUAAACUUCGUAGGAGGUGUUAGCAUACCUUAGGACUAUGUCCUGUAUUGUUUCUUUUUCGUGUACUAUGACCUUCUGUAUUGGCACCAAGAAGUUUUAUUCCAUUUUGUUGAGGUUGUUAUUCCUCUUCGCUCUUCCUGACCGAUAUAUAAUGUCUAUGGGGCCUGCACAAAAGGCUUCUUUAACGUCUUUGAGAAACCUAUAUCUAUAUUCUGUAAAAUUGUAUGCUGACUCCAUUUUUGUGGUUAUUUUUAAGGGUUUUAUUAAUACACUCCUUGUUAAAACGAUAUUUUCUUUCCUCAAAAAUUUUGGUCGGAAUGAUCAUCAGAAAGAGUUCCCUCCAAAAGAAUAAGAUUUUCGGUACUGUACUUCUUAUAUGAAACAAAUGAUAGAUGGAUAUUUGUGAGAUAACUUUUAAUCCGGUCAAAAAUUUAUAAUGCAGGCAAAAUAAUCAAAAUAUACCAGUUUUUUCCUUAGAUUAAUAUAUGAUUACACAAUUCGCGUCUUUAUAUUCAGUUCUAUAAGUGUCGGCAUGAUAUAUACCUGGUAAUUGUUGAAAUGACUUUACAACUAUUUAUAUUGAAGAUUUGGAAAGCUUAUUUUAUUCAAUGUUAGGAAAUAAUUUAAAAAAUAAAAUGUAUAAUUUCUAAUAAUAAAUUAAAUAUACCUAUAACAUUUAAAAAAAAAUAUUUUGUAAAUCAAAAAGUUACUAUAGUAAAGUUAAUUACAGAUAAAAUAGAACAAAAAAUUGAACGUCCAUAGAAAUUAAUUAACUAGUAUCUACUCGU